UAGCAAUAUAAAAACAUGAAAUAUACUGGAAUUCUGGAAUUUGAAUAAAUACAGAUAAAAUUAAACGAUCAUCAACAUGAGUGAUUCACCAGUUCCAUCGGGAGCAAAGAAGGGAAGUGCAAAAGGAGCAAAAAAGGAUGCAAAGAAACCUAAAGAAGAAGUGGUUUCACCCCCUCCAAAGGAGUCCGGUCCACCAGAAGGUGUCAUGCCACUGUUUCUUGCAACAAAAUCUCAACAAAUUUUUUCAUGCAUAUGUGAUGAACAUGUUACUGAUGAUAAUCCUUACAAGUUGAUCAAGAAAGAAGACAUAAUUGAGGAUAUGAAAAUGAGAGCAGCUAUAUCUGAUUUCCAUCCAGCUAAACAAAUUGUCUUGGAUUAUCCUGGAGAAGAAUUGUUGGUUGUUUAUGAUCCUGAUUUCCAAUAUGGACAAAACUUUUAUCUGUGUACUACAGAGGAUGCAAAAAAUAAGCUGUUAAGACCUGCGUCGGGGAAAGGACCAGUUGGUGUAGCUGGUGAAGAAGCAGAACCAGAGGAAGAAGAAGAAAUUGUUUAUACCUACAAACCUCCUGAAGCUAAGGAAUGGAUUUCACUUGGAAGUCAGGUUGAAGUUGAAUGUGAAAUUGUACAAGAUACUCGACCUAAGUUGAAAUUCAUUGCAUCAAGAGUAAGAAGAGAGUUUGGUGCUUUCUGUGAAUUUCAAGAUCGUGAUGUUGAUCCUGCGACAGCAUUAGAACAAGGUCUUUCAGCAUCAUACAUGGGAAUAGCAUCUUAUGAAGACAAAAAUUUUUCAUCAAAAAGACUUGAGCAAGAUUCAUCUGUGCAAGCUGUGCCUGAACGUGUGGAGGGAUCAUCACAAACUGUCUGGAAGCAUCCAUGCACUGCCGCAGUACAAUACGAACCAAGAUCCUUAUCAAAAGAAGAAUGUACAACAAUAGAAAACUCAGAAGAAUACCAAACUUUUAUUGAAAGUACUGUUCCAAGAUUUGAACUCGCGUUACAACAAAAUGACAUAAUGGAUGUAUUUUUUGAUGAUUGGUCAGUGCUUGGAGAUGAAGAUACUAAUUUUGGAAGCAAAUCAGACAACCAUUUGAAGGAAUACCAGUCUUUCACUGAUCUACAAUACAGUAAGGACAGGACAAUAACAUGCAUUGAUUGGCAUCCAACUAUUAAAGGAGUUAUGGCAGUAUCUUGUGCAGAACGCCUCAGUUUCCAAGAGAGAGUAGAUCAAGCUACUCAACUACUUAUGACUCCCUCACUCAUUCUCAUCUGGAGUUUUUCUGAUCCGAUUCAUCCUCAGAUACUUCUCGAAGCUCCAGAUGACAUAUUUUGCUUUAAAUUUUGUCCUUCUGAUCCAAAUAUUGUGGCCGGUGGUUGUAUUAAUGGACAGCUAGUCUUGUGGGAUAUCUCAGAACAUGCAGAUAGACUACAAAGCAGUAGAACUGGUGGAGGAAAUACUAAAAUUGACAAAAAGCAACAGCCCUUAUUUGGUGAAGAAGUUGGGCCAGAGACACCUACCAUCAGAUAUUGUGCUGUUUCUGCUAUUGAAAACAGCCAUAAAAAUGUUAUUACAUCAUUGGAAUGGAUUCCAGAUCAUUUUGAGCUCAACAGAUAUGGAAUUCCAGUUGAAAACAAAACUUCCGAAUGCAUUCAAAUAAUGACAUGUAGUCCUGAUGAAAGUAUAUUGGUGUGGGAUACAAGACCUCCGAAAACAACAACAGGUCCUACUAGAGAACAGCAAGCUAUUGAUAAAAAAAUAUCAGAGACAGGUCCACAAACAUUCAAGCAUUUGGAUUUGACUUGGAAACCUUUGCUGAAAAUGGUUUUUCAAAAAAUUGAUGGCAGUGGAGAAUACAGUCCAUUGGUUUUUAGUCUCAAGGAAAGACAGGGAGUCAGAGAUCAUGUUCCGGCUCCUGAUUUAUCUACCCGAAGAGAAAGUCUUGUUGGCAUGGGCCGAGGAAAUUCAGCAAAAAAUCAAAAACCACUGGAUGGUGUAUCGACGAAAUAUUUUAUCGCAACUGAGGAUGGUGAAGUAGUUUAUGCAACAUUUAAAAUGGAGAAAGAUUCAGAAACUGGAAAAUCCAAUGUCCCGAGACCUACCUGGGCAGUAUCUCCUCAUGAUGGUCCAGUACAUACCCUACAAAGAUCACCAUUCUUUAGUGAUAUUCUGCUGAGCGUUGGUGGAUGGACAUUUGCUUUGUGGAAAGAGGGUGUCACAAAUGAUGCGAUACUACAGUCUGCAUGUGCUACAAAACUAUAUACCGCUGGUCACUGGAGCACAACACGACCUGCCGUGUUAUUUCUUGGAACAAAGGAUGGAAAUGUUGAAGUUUGGGACUUGCUUGAUCGAACCCAUGAACCAUCUUUAGUUCAAAAUGUUACAGCAGCUCAGAUUACCACUAUCAUUCCUUGGGUCGUUUCAAAGAAGCAACAUCUAAUUGCUGUAUCAGAUAAUAUCGGAACACUUCACAUAUUGGAAAUACCUUGGAAUUUGAGACAUGCUGCUGCAAAUGAGGUUCACAGCGUUCAAAAUUACUUUGAUCGUGAAACAAAAAGAAUUGAAUAUUUCUCCGACAAGGCAGUUAUUAGAGAAGCAGAGAAGAAUCAAGCUGGCAAAAAGAAGAAAGACGACAAACCUGCAGAAGAUAAAUCAGAAGAACAACUUCUACAAGAAUACGAAAAACAAUAUCAACAAUAUCUUGAACUUGAGAAAAAAUUAUUGAAAGAACUUGGAAUUGCGGUUGAAGAAGAUGAACCAGAGAUGUAAAUUUUUUACCAGAUCUUGCUUGAUCAAGUAUAAGAUUUUAAAGCAUGCUCCUUCCAUGUUACAAUUUUCACUGGGCCAUAUAUAUUUCAAACUGUAAAUACUGUAA